GAGAACACUGUUGCAAACUUUAGACCUCUCUUUUUCAAAGCCCUCUUAGGAAUUUCAAGAGCCUCAGGCUUAUACCCUCGAUGUUUCGAUCUCAAUGGCCUAGAAAAAAUCGGAGAACAGGUGGCCGCAGGUGGCUUCGGUGACAUUUGGAAGGGUCGGAUCCAUGGGCAAACUGUGUCGGUCAAAGUUAUGAGAGUCUUUACGGACUCUGAUAUCGCGGCCACCUUACGGGAAUUUGGCAGAGAAGCGUUAAUAUGGCGGCAACUCUGGCAUCCGAAUUUGUUGCCAUUCUUUGGCAUUUAUUAUCUCGACAAAAGGCUAUGCCUUGUUUCCCCUUGGAUGGAAGCUGGAAACAUUCUGGCAUAUCUGCAGACAUCACAACGCCCUGUUAUCGAGACCGAAAGACUCUCACUGAUGUUUGACGUUGCGCAAGGACUUCGAUAUCUUCACGGGAAUAACGUGGUUCAUGGGGAUCUCAAGGCGGCCAAUAUUCUUGUCACCCCAUCUGGAAGGGCAUGCAUCGCAGACUUUGGACUCGCUUCCAUUGUGGACACCAUCACUGUCCGAUUUAAACAAUCCACCACGACAGUCAAUGGAGGCACCGUGCGUUAUCAGUCGCCAGAGCUCAUCCAUGGCGAACGUCGGAAUUUUGCAUCGGAUGUUUAUGCUUACGCAUGUACCUGCUAUGAGAUUUUGGUUGAGAAAGUUCCCUUCUACGAAGUGAUCAAUGAGGCCGCCGUAAUCUUCAAAGUGUUGAGCGGGAUACGACCAUCGUGUCCGCCACAAUGCGCCCAGUCUCUGGCCCUCCGAGAGCUAUGGCAAAUCUUCAAACAAUGCUGGGAAGAAUCGACCGCAAACCGACCUCUUGUCGGUGAGAUUGUACAGCGAUUGCAAGGAGAUCCAAUCUUCGCCCAAACGACUCGAGUACAAAUGGCCGAUUGGGACGAGACAUUCACUUCCAAGUUUCGCCAUCACAUUCAACCAAAACAUGCUUCCAUGACAUUGGAGCACUUCAUUCCAUCCUCUUCUGACGAGCCAGGUAUUCCCAAUAGACUUAAACCAACUGAGGAGAUUUCAGGGAUCAUCGUCAAGCGUAAAUAUGAAACUGAGGAUCGGGCACAAGAGAAGCGAAUCAAGGUAGUGUAG